AUGACUUUCAACCGCUUCACCAGGCUGGUCCUUCUAGCCUUUGUUUUCCAAGGCACUCAAGCUUUGGGUUUUGAGUCUCAAACAGCAAGGCUGGCUCCUCGCGGGUUGAGAUUCCAAAGAAGAGGACAUGACGAUCAGGCUCCCAAGACCUUGAAGCUCAAGUCGGAUGACGUAGCCCGCUCAGAAAACCAAACCUCAACUAUUCCAGCGCAAGAUGUCGCUAAAAACCCGACAGAAAUCAAGCUGGAUACAGGCAACGUAACCAACGAUGGAAGUCCGGCCACGAUCCUGGGGCAAGAUCCUCAGAAUACAACUAAGGCUGGCGUCACAAUUCUGGCGGAAAUAGCAUCGGGUGGGGAGGCUCCGGGUACCAUACAUCUGGAGUCCCGUCUGCAAAACCAGACGGACAAUGCAAGCCAAACAGCCGGUGUUCAGCUGGGCCAAAAGGCACCGACCACUGAAGCCUCACCCAAUGCAACCCAAGCAACAGAUCCAAAGGCAACCACGGCUGCUACAGAACAGGUCAAAGUUGAUUUAGUUGCCAGCGCAGACGUAGGGACUCUAAAGGUCGAUUCAGCCCCCCAAACCCCCAACAACGUCACCGCCGAACUGCACACGGGGUCCGAUGCUAAAAAUGCCACAGUUUCCUUAGAGUCAGCACAAAAGGCUGAUGCUGCUCCAAAAUCCCCGCCUGAGCCUACGGCGAAUCCUGGUACUGACCCAAAAACCCGCGGUACUGAACUCGGCCAAAAGCCCCCAACCACUGAGGCCCCAGCAACAGCUCCAAAAGAAACCAAGCCUGCGACGGCUGCUACCGAAAAUGUUAAACUUGAUUUAGUUACGUCUACUAGCGCCGAUGCAGGGACCGUAAAAUUAGCUACCACUACCAGUGCCGACGCAGAGACCGCAAAAGUCGAUCCAGCCCCCAAAACGGCUACCAACGUCACAGCAGAACUACAGACGGGGAACGAUGCUAAGAAUGCCACAGAAAAAGUCGAUGCUGCUCAAAAAACCCAGCCUGAGCCUGCUGCGAAUCCGGGUACUGAUGCCAAACUUGGCGGUGUCGAACUGGGCCAAAAAGCACCAGCCACUGAAGCACCGGCCAAUGCGGCUCCAGCAGCAGAUCCAAAAGAAACCAAACCGGCGACGACUGACACGGAAAAUUUGACCAAAGUCGCAGCAGAACUGCAGACGGGAGCCGCUCCUAAAAAUGCCACAGUCGCCCCGGAGAAAGCCAAAGAAGAGCAAAAAGAAGGGUAA